AUGUCGACUGGAAACGUGAACCCCCUGCCUACUGGGUUACCAAUCACAGACCCUCUCAACCCACUCGGCGCAUCGCCCUUUACAGCAGCCAACGCAUUUACAGGCGAGCUCUUAGGCCUUUCAAUGACCGACGAGGAACAGCUCUGGGGUCUUAGCCCCAUCUCCCCGAGCCUGGGAACUGGAUGGGACGUCAAAACCGACGCAGCGGCCUUUGCCAGCUCCGCUCUAGAGCGGGAUCUCAAAAACGCCCAGGUCCGCAACGGCCAGCCAACCCCGCCACCAUACGAUGAUCAGUACACACGCGAAGCCGGUCUAGACCUGAGCAGCGCGAGCAAGCGCCGCCGCACACACGAGUACCAUACCGCCACGGACAGCCUGAGCCCGGACCUGGAUCUGGACGAUACAUCACCCUGGCACGAGCGUGCGAAGCGGGCAAAAUUCCUCGAAAGAAACAGGCUGGCUGCGAGUAAAUGUCGACAGAAGAAGAAGGAGCAUACGCAAGUCCUGGAGGUGCGGUACAAGGAACAAUCCGAAAAGCGGGAGAGGUUGGUGGGGGAGAUUGCGCGGCUUCGCUCGGAGAUUCUGUGCUUGAAGAAUCAGGUGUUGUUACAUGCGCAGUGUGGGGAUGAGCCUAUUAAACUUCAUCUUGCGCAUAUGGUGAAGAAGAUUACGGAUAAUGAUUGUCCGCCUACUGCGCCUGCUACGGUGGCGAACUCGCACGUUGAUGUUAUGGAGACUGCGCCUUCUUCUGUUGCUCCUACCCCGACACCAACUUCGGGACAGACUACGCAGACAUCGGCUGCGCCAUCGGCGUUGUCUUUUGGAUUUGAUGACCCGCUACAAUUGGAGCCAGCCGCAGCUGCCGCGGCUGCAGAUGUGUUUGAGCAGCAGCUGAGGAGGGAUUCUGAUACCUCUUUAGUGACCGAGUCGGCGUAUAGCUUCUCAGCUGACGACGCAUUUGACGAUUUGAUCAACGUUUGA